AUGGGCUGCGAGACUGGGGGCGGAGGGGAGAGGGAGAGUGGACGAACGAGAGCUGGAGAUGCGGGCACGUUUCUGCAGACGUCCGCCCGCGCCAAGCCUGCCCAGCCCGCCGCCAAGACGCCUUCACCCUCGCUGGAAAUCUCUGAGGCUGCCGAGACUCUCGGGACUGGUAAAUCGCCACAGCCAAUCAGCGCCCGCCCUUGGAGCAUGCGCUCAACCCACGGCCUCACAGCGCUCGACGGUAUCGCGAUGCCCGCCGCCGCCAUUGGGGCCGGACAGCCGUCCUCUCUCUCGAUUCUGCCUCGCCCAAGCCUUGCAAAGUUCGCCCAGCCGCUCUUCAGCAAGCUUCUGUCCCGCCGCGAGACAUGGUGCAGCCAGCACUACAUUCCCAUCCCAAUACCUCCAUCCUGUCGACAUGAUCCCCAUGUCCGAGGCCCGAGGAGAGAGAUCAGCACCGGCAUCAUGCACCCUCAGCCAACCGCAACUUUGACAGCCGCACCCCCCAUAACACCAUAG